GAGCGGCCGGGCGCGAUGCUCCGUUAGGCGGCCCGAGCUCUUGCGAGCGCGGCGGGCAGGCGUAGCGGCAAGUAGCGGAGCUGGGAGGGCGGGCAGGCGGCUCCCCAUGGCGAGCAGCCGGAGCAUCGAGCUGGAGCACUUCGAGGAGCGGGACAAGCGGCAGCAGCGCUCCGGGCCGCGGCGAGGAGGCUCCGGGUCCGGCGGCGGCGCGGGGCCGCGGGGCAAUGGGCUGGUGCCCAGCCCGGCGCACAGCGCGCACUGCAGCCUCUACCGCACCCGCACCCUGCAGGCGCUCAGCUCCGAGAAGAAGGCGCGCAAAGCCCGCUUCUACCGCAACGGGGACAGGUACUUCAAGGGCUUGGUGUACGCCAUCUCCCCCGACCGCUUCCGCUCCUUCGACGCCCUCCUGGUGGAGCUCACUCGGUCCCUGUCGGACAACGUGAACCUGCCCCAGGGAGUCCGCACCAUCUACACCAUCGAUGGCAGCAAGAAGCUCACCAGCCUGGACGAGCUGGUGGAAGGUGAGAGCUAUGUGUGUGCAUCCAAUGAACCCUACCGCAAAGUUGAUUACACCAAGAAUGUCAACCCGAACUGGUGUGUGAACAUAAGGACUGGGUCCAGUCGGUCCUUGACGUCCUUGACAUCCACAAGGAGCGAAGUGAAGGAGAGUAAAGAUUUCAUUAAGCCCAAAUUGGUGACUGUUAUUAGGAGUGGGGUAAAGCCACGGAAAGCUGUGAGAAUUCUGCUGAACAAGAAGACUGCUCACUCCUUUGAACAGGUCUUGAAUGACAUCACAGAAGCCAUUAAGUUAGACUCGGGUGUAGUCAAGAGACUUUGUACACUGGAUGGGAAGCAGGUAACGUGCUUGCAGGACUUCUUUGGAGAUGACGAUGUCUUCAUUGCGUGCGGGCCGGAGAAGUACCGCUAUGCUCAGGAUGACUUCGUGUUGGAUCACAGUGAAUGUCGGGUUAUGAAGUCUUACUCCCGCUCCUCUGCCAUGAGGCACGCUGCAUCCAAAAGUCCAGGACCUUCACGUCGGAGCAAAUCCCCUGCCUCAGUAAAGAGGGGUGGCCACUCCAGUGCUCAUUCUUCAGCAAAAUCCCCAGUUAAUGGAACCCCAAGCAGUCAGUUAUCCACCCCAAAAUCUACAAAGUCAUCCAGUUCUUCACCAACAAGCCCAGGUAGCUUUCGUGGACUCAAGAUCUCCCCACAUGGUGGAUCUUCUUCCAAUGUGAAUGGUGUACCUGAAUCACUCCGUUGCCAGAGUCCUGAAGGCUUGAAUGGAAACAAGUUCUCAGGGUCAUCUACCAUUCUUGAGAAGUAUAAAGUGGGGAAGGUGAUUGGUGAUGGCAAUUUCGCUGUUGUAAAGGAGUGUGUGGAACGAUCCACAGGAAAGGAGUUUGCCCUGAAGAUCAUAGACAAGGCCAGGUGCUGUGGCAAGGAACACCUGAUUGAAAAUGAAGUGUCUAUUCUGCGCCGAGUGAAGCACCCAAACAUCAUCAUGCUCAUAGAGGAGAUGGACACCCCCACAGAGCUCUACCUCGUGAUGGAGCUGGUCAAGGGAGGAGACCUAUUUGAUGCCAUCACUUCAUCUACAAAAUACACAGAAAGAGAUGGGAGUGCCAUGGUCUACAAUUUAGCCAGUGCUCUCAAAUACCUUCAUGGUCUCAAUAUUGUGCACAGAGACAUCAAACCAGAAAAUCUUCUGGUGUGUGAAUAUUCAGAUGGAACCAAGUCUUUGAAGCUUGGAGACUUUGGACUGGCGACAGUGGUCGAAGGCCCUUUGUACACUGUCUGUGGGACACCCACCUAUGUGGCUCCAGAAAUCAUUGCAGAGACAGGGUAUGGCUUAAAGGUGGAUAUUUGGGCUGCAGGUGUGAUCACUUACAUCCUGUUAUGUGGAUUUCCACCUUUUCGCAGUGAAAACAACCUUCAGGAAGACCUCUUUGAUCAGAUACUUGUGGGGAAGCUGGAAUUCCCCUCUCCCUACUGGGAUAACAUCACUGAUUCAGCAAAGGAGUUAAUCAGUCUGAUGCUACAUGUGAAUGCUGAAGCCCGGUACACAGCAGCACAGAUCCUAAGCCAUCCCUGGGUGUCAGAUGAUGCUUCCCAGGAGAAUAAUAUGCAAGCUGAAGUAACAGGUAAACUGAAGCAGCACUUUAAUAACACCCUACCCAAGCAAAAUAACACAUCUGCUGGGGUUUCUGUCAUCAUGAACACAGCUCUAGAUAAAGAGAGUCAGAUUUUCUGCAGCAAGCGCUGUCAGGACUCUGGUAGAGCUGGAAUGGAGAAAAUUUCUGCAAUUGCUGCUGCAGCUGCUGAUCUUCGUGUGGCUGGCUCCGAGCCCCUCCUCCCUGCUGCUCCUGAGCCACUCCGGUCCCCCAAGCUGCCUUCUCCUGAGCUUGCUGGGGAUCAGCCUGGUGCUUAGGACUGGGGAAAACAAAUCCAGCUGAAGCUCCCCACACUCUGGCCACAGUUUUCUUCAUUUCCCAUGACUGUUUUCACUUCGUGUGAGUCUCUCAUGGCAAGCCCCAGCCAGAUCUGAUCCUCUCUCUCACAGGGGGUGAACGAACCACAUCUUGGAAACAGGAGUAGGGGAAAGACUCUGGCAACAUUAGGUGGUUUUUUAAGUUCUCUAUGUCAGUAAUUAACUCCAUUUCACACAGCCUUAGGCUCUAAAUAGACUAACUUAUGGUGUAGCUAACCAUAUUUUUAUAUGAGCAGUGAGGUGGGGAACAGUUACCUGGCCUCACAUCCACCAGCAGGCCCUGUUCUGUUCUUCUGAUGGGAAUUUUCAGAAAAGUGGGAGAGGCAGACAAGGAAAUAAAACUUUUAUUUGCCUUCUAUUCCAAUGCCUCUAUUUUUAGCCAAGUUUCUACUAAACUUGAAGAUGCAAAUUUUCAUGAAGAAUUUUUUAGUGGACUAACUGUAAAGUAUCAUGAGACGAACAUUUGGAGAUAGUGAGGGAAGGAUGGAUGUUUUCCAUCAAGUUUGUUAUCUGACUUGCAGGCAGGGUAGUGUUUAGAUAAUAUGAAUUUAAAUAAAGUAACUUGGGAUGUAAACAUGAGCAGUGGACGUUUAUUUGUUAUGAAGACUGGAGUGAAGGAAGCCUUUUUGCUUUAGCCACUUUCUAUCCUAACCACAAGUGUCCCAUCCACACCUUUCUCCAGGGUCAGACUACCUGUUAGAUAAAAAAAAUAAAAUUACUUUGGGCCUGUGAAGGGAAAACCUGCUGCAUGUUAUCCAAGCCAUGAUGAGCUGAGCAGCUCCUAAGUCUAGGACAAGCUGAUAGAGGAGCUGCCAUCAAUACCUAUCAGAGGUUUGUCAGUGCUAUCCCCCUAUUCACCUGGUGCAGGCACUGGAAACUGGAUUGGGAAGCAGCUCUCCUUAAUCUGCAGUCACAAAAUAGACAAAGUUUUCUCUCUACCAUAAUGCUUAGUUCAAUAGAGUAUGUAUUCAGCUUAAUCCUUUUCCUUUGCUCGUUCUUAUGAAUUGCUCAUAGUUCAUUUUUUUUCUCUUAGUUAUACUUUCUACUAGAAUUGUAAAAGAAAGACCUGCAAUAAACUUUCUUCAUUAAAAAAAACAGAACACAAAAAGUCA